AUGAAGAGAACAAAUACAUAUAAAAUACUUGUAAUCUCUUUUUCCAUAUUCCUGAGUACUGUUAUUUUUAACGAGUUUGCUAUAUAUUAUUUAGUUCAAUUGAAGUGUGAUUGGCCGAAAUUAAGUGAAAAUCAUCCUUACAAAGAUCCGGUCAAAGCUCUUAUUAUAACAGAUACUCAUUUACUUGGAAGGAAAACAAGUGUUUGGGCAGACCAAGUUUUGAGAAAUUGGCAAAUGACUAGAGCAUUUCAAACUGCAAUUACACUUCACAAACCAGAAAUAGUGUUUAUUUUAGGUGAUUUACUAAAUGAAGGGCUAUGGUCUAAUGAAAAACAAUUAAAAGAAUACCAUGAACAAUUUUCAAACAUAUUUAGUGUUCCAAACUCAACGACAACCUUUGUCAUUGCUGGAAAUCACGACAUAGGAUUUCAUUAUGAAAUUUUCAAAUCUCGUGAGCAAACCUUCUCCUCAUUAUUUGACACGGAUUCUGUAAAAUUAAUUACUAUUAAGGAUGUUCAUUUUGUUCUAAUUAAUUCGAUAGCUAUGGAAAUGGAUAAUUGCUACUUAUGCAAUAAGACUGAAGCAUUAAUAGAACAAAUUUCAGAUUUAAUGAAAUGCUGGAACAAAACCGGCGAGUGCUUUAAUGUGAAAAAUUAUCAACAAUAUAGUAGACCCGUAUUAAUACAACAUUUUCCGUUGUAUAGAUUAAAUGAGGAAUUAUGUUUUGAAUGGGAUUCCGCCACAGGUCCAGAUAGAACAACAGUAAUGAAGGAAAAAUAUGAUUGUCUAUCAAAAAAUGCUUCAAACUAUUUGUAUAAUGCCUUAUCAUUCCGAGAAGCAUGGUCUGGUCACACGCAUUAUGGGUGCAUUUAUAAACAUUCAUUCGAUUCCGAAGUGCUGGAAUAUACUGUUGCAUCGUUCAAUUACAGAAAUCGAAAUGAUCCUAAUUACAUAUUGGCAUACUUUACACCAGAGAGUACAUUCAUAUACAAGUGUGCAAUGCCGACUCAAAAUAAAACUUUGUCAAAAAGUUAG